AGUUACACCCCUUUCAAGUUACACCCCUCUCUUGCAGUCUGCAGGCGUACACGCUUGGAUGAAUCAGUUUGUUGUGGACUGAAAUGCACAUGAUCACUAGAGUAUAGUUCACCACAGGUGGUAAAUAAACGCUAAGCUGAAAUGGAUAUGGAAGAGAAGCCAAAAUACGGAGAGCCCAAAAAAUUUGACCCCGACUUCAAAGGGCCCAUCCACAACAGAGGAUGCACAGACAUUAUUUGCUGUAUCUUCUUCAUCGUGGCCAUAGUGGGCUACGUUGCGGUGGGAAUACUGGCCUGGACUCACGGUGACCCGAGGAAGGUGAUCUACCCCACAGACAGCCUGGGACAGUACUGUGGCCAGGGAAAACUGGAGAAGAAGCCCUUGUUGUUCUACUUUAACAUGAUGAAGUGUGCCAGUCCCAUGGUCCUCCUGGAGUUCCAGUGUCCCACGCCUCAGGUGUGUGUAGAAAAAUGUCCUGAUCGCACUUUGACUCUGGUAACCGCCAUUGCAAAACCAGAAGACUGGAAAUAUUACAAAAGCUAUUGCAGAGAAGACCCAGGGAAUAAGCCAAUGACGGAAAUUUUGCAAAAAAAACUGUGUCCUGCAUAUCUGAUUUCCAGCAAACCAUUUUUGCAGCGAUGUUUUCCAUCUCUAGGCAAGAAGGGUGAAGUCAUCACAGUGGGCGAUCAAGAUAAAUUUAAUGAUGGAGAAAAAAUCAGAGACGCUAAAGAUCUGGUGGCUGGAAUGAAGAAUGCAACAGUAGUCAUGGAGGGUCGUCAAGUUGCAAUGAAGAUCUUUGAGGAUUACACAAAGUCUUGGUACUGGAUCCUAAUUUGUUUGUUGAUCGCUGUGGUGCUGAGUCUGAUCUUCAUCGUUCUUCUGCGUUAUCUGGCUGGAAUCAUGGUCUGGGUCAUGAUCUUGAUGGUCAUCGCUGUCGUUGCCUGUGGUAUUGCUUACAGCAGCAUAAAGUAUGUCAAUCUGAAGGACACGGCUGGUUCUAAUAUCACCCUGCAGCAGCUGGGCUUCCAGCCCGAUUUCUCUGUGUACCUGCACAUCAGACAGACCUGGCUGGCCUUCAUCAUCAUCUUGGCUAUUUUGGAGGUCAUCAUCAUCAUAAUCCUCAUCUUCCUCAGGAACCGAAUCCGGAUCGCUGUUGAGCUCAUGAAGGAGGCCAGCAGGGCUGUCGGUUAUGUGAUGUCUUCACUGUUCUACCCUAUUUUUACCUUCUUCCUCCUGACCAUAGUCAUUGCGUACUGGGGCAUCACUGCAGUUUUCCUCUCUACAUCCAGUGAACCUGUUUAUAAGGUUUUCAACGAAACCGAUUGUCCACAUGGAAGACAGACCUGUGAACCUGAGAACUUCACUAUUUCUGCUAUGAAGACAGACUGUCCGCGGUCUGAGUGUCUGUUUGCUUUCUAUGGUGGGGAAACGCCAUAUCACAAAUACCUGAUCUUCUUUCAAUUCUACAACGUCUUCCUGUUCUUCUGGUGUGCAAACUUUGUCACUGCUCUGGGUCAGAUGACUCUGGCAGGGGCAUUUGCAUCCUACUACUGGGCUCCUAAUAAACCCAAUGACAUGCCUGCAUACCCGCUGUGUGCCUCUCUGGGCAGAUCCCUCAGAUAUCACACAGGCUCUCUGGCGUUUGGUUCUCUCAUCCUUGCCAUCGUCCAGAUUAUCAGGGUUCUGCUGGAGUAUAUUGACCACAAACUCAAGGGAGCAGAGAAUAAAUUUGCCAAGUUCUUGUUGUGCUGUUUGAAAUGCUGCUUCUGGUGCCUGGAGAAGUUCAUCAAGUUUAUAAACAGGAACGCCUAUAUUAUGGUUGCCAUAUACGGUAAAAACUUCUGCCGAUCAGCACGUGAUGCCUUCUUCCUCCUCAUGAGAAACGUAAUCAGGGUGGUAGUCCUGGAUAAGGUCACAGAUUUCAUCUUAUUCCUUGGAAAACUCCUUAUCGUGGGGCUUGUGGGGAUCUUCGCUUUCUUCUUCUUCUCAGGACAAACAGAUGCGUUCAAGGACGCUGCACCCAGUCUCCAUUACUACUGGGUUCCUAUUUUGACUGUGUUGGUGGGCUCCUACCUCAUUGCUCAUGGGUUUUUCAGCGUUUAUGCCAUGUGUGUGGACACACUCUUCCUCUGCUUCUGUGAAGACCUUGAGCGCAAUGACGGCUCUGCAGCGCGGCCGUAUCACAUGACCACAGAGCUGCGCUACAUCCUGAUGAAGGACGCGGAUGCGGCUCAGACCCCUACUUCACGUGACGAGACGAUGCAGCUGACGCCUCCCGACAAAACAAUGGAAAACUGAUGGAAAUUUUGGAGGACCUGGAGAGGAACGACGGCAGCCCAGAACGACCCUUUCUGAUGUCUGAGAACCUUCGCAAUGUUUUGAGGAAGAAGAACCAGGCCAACUAGUCCUCUCUGAUGGUCGGUCAGGGUUAUAUAUGUGCCUCAGCAGUGCUUGAGAUAGAGGUGCCUGAAGUCAUUUUCAUAUUUAUCAUGCCUUAGAGAACCAGACAAUCAUGUUAAUCGUGAAAUGCAUCACAGUGAUUGACCUCAGUAUCAUAUGUUACAGUUUAAAAUGUGGAAACUUUUCUUUAGAAUGAGGUCAAAUUACACCUCUGCUUUUACCCCCCCAGAGGUUUUAGGUUUAUUAUUUAAAUGUCCAGAAAGCUUUUGCAAUUACUGCCAAAUGUUUUAAUUAACACUUUAAAGAAUAACUGAAGCCUUUUGGUCUAGAUAUUUUACUUUGAGUUUUGCUUUUUUCCCGGUAGUCUUUAUAUUUAUGGUUUUUAUAUAAAAACACAGUGCAGUGUAGUCCAUUAGUAGGACAGGAUUUUAGAGAAAUGUUUUCUUUGUCAAAAUGUGUGCGGAAUCGAUCGUAGAAACAAUGUUUAGAUGUUUUACUUUGAUUAUCCGUUCAUUUCCAGUUCAUGGCCCUGUGUACAUUAUGAUAAGAAGUGCCUGCAUGUAGGUAAAGCGGUUUAAGACUUUAUCCGUGUUCUUGACUGUUCAGUGUUUUGUUAUACGUUGGUACACCUCAAUAAAGGAUUUUCUACUAUA